UUAUCAGAAUUUCACAAAUCAUUUGAAGCAAACGCUGGAUUAAAAAAAAAAGAAAAUGUAAAAUUUUACUUUUAAUAAUUAAUACAUUUAGAUUCAAAACAAACUAAAGAUAUAAUUCAAAUGGACUCCUCUAACAUAGUCAUUUAAAAUUCGCACUAAACUAAUUCUCAGACUAGUAACUGUUUACAUAUCGACAAGGAGCUUUACAUAUGCGCAAGGAUUUUUGGAGAGCGGCGCGUGCGAACUCUAAUCCACCUUUGAUGCUCUCAAGCUCCAAACUCUGCCUUAUUUUUUGAUGGCAAGACGGAAUAAUGGCAGUCUAGUAUGGCUGUCUCUUCAGCUCAUGCCAUCCCUGGACCGACAUGGCAUUUAGCCGCGUCUUUCCGGACCCUCCGUCCAAGAGCAUCUUUAAGACCUUCGCGCUCAUGUUGCUGUCUAUAGUCACGUCUUUAUACUUUCUCCACUGCCUCACGGAGCGAUGCGGGACCUGUAUACCCACAGAGAGAAGAGAAGCGGGUCCGGUGGAGGCAUUUUACGCCUCGAAACUUAAAGAUUUUGAGUCGCUGAGGAGAAAGAGACUUCUUCAGAAAUGGACCGUGAUGAGGCACCACAGCUUGAUCCACCGGCUCGAAAGUGUCCGUGAGGGAGGUUUAACGUUACCUGUUAUUGAUGCUGACAGACACGUUUUGCAGGCGCACGUAAAGAUGUCAAACUCUUUGGAUGUAGACUUGGAGACCGGAGAAUCGUAUUUUGAUACAGGUAAACUUAGUGCGUUAGGUGAGGGCAGUAAGAAGCUGCCUCAGGCGAUCAUCAUCGGCGUGAAGAAAGGCGGGACGCGCGCGCUGCUGGAGUUUCUGCGCGUGCAUCCAGAUAUUCGCGCGGUCGGAGCCGAGCCGCACUUCUUCGACCGUAACUAUGACAACGGAAUGGACUGGUACAGGGACCUAAUGCCUAAGACCCUGGAGGGUCAGAUCACCAUGGAGAAAACACCAAGUUACUUUGUGACCCGCGAGGCUCCGGCCCGGAUCUAUGCCAUGUCCCGCGACACCAAGCUGAUUGUGGUGGUCCGGGACCCCGUCACUCGAGCCAUCUCUGACUACACGCAGACACUGUCCAAGAAGCCUGACAUUCCUACUUUUGAGAGCCUGACAUUCAAAAACAGGACUACAGGGUUAAUCGACACCUCGUGGAGCGCCAUUCAGAUCGGCAUCUACGCCAAACACCUGGACAACUGGCUACAGUUCUUCCCCAUGAGCCAGAUCCUGUUCGUGAGCGGAGAGCGGCUGAUCAGUGACCCGGCCGGAGAGCUGGGCCACGUGCAGGACUUUUUGGGGCUCAAGAGGAUCAUCACAGACAAACACUUCUACUUCAACCAGACCAAGGGCUUCCCUUGUCUCAAAAAGGCAGAGGGCAGCAGCAAGCCCCAUUGCCUGGGUAAAACCAAAGGGCGGACCCAUCCAAACAUUCACCCUGAGGUCGUGCAGAGACUUAGAGACUUCUACAGGCCUUUCAACAUGAAGUUCUACCAGAUGACAGGCAGGAAAUUUGGAUGGGAUGACUGACAGUAGACAGUGAAAUAGACCCUGGAUUUUGAAACAAGGGAGAAACAACCUUACUGUGACCUCACCAGCAACAAAACUAUGAUAACCCCAAAAGUGGUCCAAUUUGGUUGUGGAAAAUGAUAGAAAUGUCCGCAUCCAACUCAAGUUAGGCACAGAACACUAUGAACAAAUGUCAAAAACAAGAGUAAAUGUCCUCAAACUGCUAUUACAGUUCCAAAUUCUAUUCAAUUUUAGAUUCAAAAAUGGCAUUUUGACCUCUUAUAGCUUCAUCAGGCAAAAAGAUGAGGAUUAUACAUUGCCUUUGUUUUACCCAGUCAGACUUUAGCCACAUUUCUCAUUUAAACAGCCAUAAACUGUACUGUAAGAGGACCUAGAAAAGACACCUGAAAGCUGAAGAGAUCCACUCUAGAACUAUGCAUUUGGAGGCUGAACUGUGAAUUAUCCACUGUGUCUGGACUUGGAGUUCACAUUAGUUCUUUUGCCAUAUUUAAUGUAGAAAGACUAUCUGCUUAUAUACCUUUACAAUUAUUUGGAAGAAAAUAUCAAAAGAAUAAAAAUAAGUGUAUUUUUUGAAAUUUAUUUAUUUAAAAAAUAUGUACACAUAUACAGUUUAACUAUUUUAAAUAAUCUUCACUAAACACAUCCCUUCACUUUUUUUUUGGCAUGUGAAAGGUGGGUGAUUUCUUUUGUAUUUUGAACCAUAUAACACAAUGCCUUUUCUAAAACGUUUCAAGCGGUCUGAAGUUUAAAUGUGCACAUUUAAAUGUUUACCAUCCUAUUCACUGAGAGUAAUGUUUUCUCAAAAAUGUUUCUUAUAUUCAUGGAUCAAAGACAAUAAUAGAAUGGCCAAAGCAGUAAACAUGCAGAACAUGAUGUAAUUUUCCCCCAGGUUUGGGUUUUUGGUUUUACAGAACAAAUGAAUUUAAGUCCAAUUUGUGAUUUGACUGGAUGGCAAGCUUUUAAGCGUCCAUUUAAUGUUUUAUCUCUAUGAUGUGUGUGUGUGAGAGAGAGAGUGAGUAUGAGAAAGACACUGUUACAAAGCAGCAGUGCCUCUAAAAGCCAUUCAAUCAGUGUUUCUCCAUUUAAAGGUGAUUUGUGUAAUUGUACAAUGUUAGAAUGCUUUAAAAUCCCACAUUUAAAUGAGCCCUCAAUAGGCUGUUUUUUGCUCAGAAAGUUCAAGGUGCGUGAACCUGUUUGGAAACUUAAAAGCAGUCAUUUUUUUGCAUUACAUGCAUCACCUUUAGUUUCAGUGUGAGUGAAUUUAUUGUUUUCCUUUGCAAUAUUAUCAGUGACAUUAUGCUUUUAUAGUUCUGUUUAUUUAAUUUGAAUAAUGAAUUUUAUAAAGCACAUUUUUAAU